AUGACUCAAGAAAACAACCUCACAGAUGUCGUGACGCCCACCUUGCCCGGCCAACCCGAAAUAUCAGCAACGGGUGCCUCGCCCGUCUACAACUCUGCGGUGGAGCUUCAAAAGCCUACAUUCUUGGCUCCAUCUGUCCCUCAGAACCCUCUGGCCUCGUCUUCUUCGGCUCUGUCUGGCGAGCCACACCUUGAUUACUGGGUUCGUAUCGCCGAAGGUCCAGAUCAUUUUCAAAAUUUUCAAAUGAUGGAUCCUUCAACCCCGGUAGACUGGCCUCAUCAUGAUGUACAACCCUUGGGUCUGACUUCAGACCCUCCACCGAAUGACUGGUUGUGGUCAACAGAAUUUCAAAGCGAAGAUACAAGUUCUCAAGCAUUACUUGCGCUAACUACUGUCGCCUCAAGUACCUCCUCCAAUGGCGAUGACCGAUACCCAGACGAGGAAGCUGUCUCUAUUGACGACAACCAAACUGACGCAGAAGAUACAAAUUUCGUCGAUGAGGUGACCAAACAGCUCUCAAGCCAGGUCGGGCGCCUUCAAAUCACCGAGGACCUCCAGGCACGCUAUUUUGGCGCCACGAGUAAUCUCCAUAUUUUCUACAGUGGUCCAGACGCAUUAUCACAGCCCAAUCUCCGGACGAUCAAAGAGUGUGGUAGCGCUGCUAUCAGCAAGGCAGGCUUGGAUUGGCCAGGAAAUCCAGAAUAUGAGGAGCUCCUCACCAAUCUCUUCUUUGCGUGGCAUAAUCCACUUAUGAAUGUAGUGGAUCUGGAAGCCUACUUACUUGCGAAGAGACUGUAUGCGUUGGGCCAAGAUACACCAUUGUAUUCUCCUUGUUUGGAGAACGCCAUAUAUGCAGUCGGUGCUUCUUUCGCAGCCUCUUCACCUCGUGAAGUGCCAGACAUGACGUCCGAGCUUUUCGCAUUCCGUGCUAAAACUUACCUUGAAAUCGAGAUGGACAGCCCCGGCCUGGCGACUGUCCAAGCUCUCUUGGUCCUGUCAGCGCACGAAAUGGCGCAAAUGCGAGACUCUAGAGGCUGGCUUUAUUGUGGAAUGGCUGUGCAGAUCAGCUCGGAUCUUGGCCUUCACCUUAACCUCGAAAAAGAACACUCCCAUCUAAAGACAUCUCUUCCAGAUUCCAACAUCUUUCAAGUUCUGACAAACCUCUUUUGGACAAUUAAUUCCUCGGAUAGGUUGUUGAGCUCCUCCUUCGGGCGGCCCCCGCUAAUGAAAGGCCGUGAUUAUAACGUGCCUAAACCGUCGGCUGCACCAUACUCUUGGAGCUAUGUUGAUGACUCCAAUCAGAGGGGUUUGCCUCCACAUAUCGAUGCUAGCGCCGCUGGCGGCGCUCACGUUCAUCUAGCACAACUUGCCAUGAUCACGGGUAGAGUGUCCGAUGAACUGUAUUCUGGAGUUCGGAAGACCGUCGGAAAGAGCGCGAACUUCGUGGAAGAGAUAGCGCUCGAGCUGGCAAAAUGGAAAGAAUCUCUGCCACCGGCUUUGCGAAUAAAGAAACUCGCAAUCGGCCUAGAUGUGCAUUUACCCGUUGUGUACGAGCUACAGUAA